CUAUUCAAGUUGUUGUUUGGAAGGACCCCGACUAUUCUCAACGCCUCCUCUCGUACUAAUAAUAUUAUUCCCUCCCCAGCUUCUGCUCUUCCUAGUAUUUCUCACUCUGGAGAUCAUUCAAAAGAUGCCCCAAUCCCACAACAAUCAAAUGAUCAUGGUAUUGCCUCUGCUUCUGAUUCGGUAUUGUCCCUUCCGAGGGGGGAGCACGAGGUGUUCUUGAGUUUCAGAGGUCCAGACACUCGUCAGGUGUUCACCAACACCCUUUUCAUUCUGCUUAAACAUUUGAACGUUCGUACAUUCAUGGACGACGAGAAACUUGAGAAGGGUGAAGAAAUAUGGCCGAGUCUCGUUGCCGGUAUAAGACAGUCCAAAGUUCAUGUAGCGAUAUUGUCGGAGAACUAUGCCGAGAGCAAAUGGUGUCUUAGAGAGCUCGCUGAAUUCGUUGAAUGUCGAAAGCAAGAUAAAGGGCACAUCUUAAUUCCCAUAUUCUAUAUGGUGGACCCGAGAGAUGUGCGACACCAAACGGGGCAUUACCAAAGUGCAUUUCAGCGGCACGAGCAAAUGUUCAGUGCCAAAACUGUACAAGCAUGGAGAGAUACUUUGAAUUUGGUUGGGACUAUAAAAGGAUGGCGUGUUGGAAGCAAAGACAAAGAUGUGAAUGUCCUGUGUACUUUCAACAAAAGUCGAUGCAAACUGUAUGAAGUUGGCGAAAUGAAUGCACAAUUCUCACUUGAACUCUUUUGCAAGCAUGCCUUCAAAAAGAAUUGUCCGUCACAAGAAUAUGAAACUUUAUCACAAGAUAUUGUAUCAAUUGCAGGAGGACUUCCAUUAUUUCUUGAGGUUGUGGGCAGACUUCUGUAUGGACAAGCAAAAGAAAUAUGGGAAGAUAGAUUGGAACAACUACGAAAGGUUUCCGUGAGAGGGGUCUCAGAAAGGUUAAAGAUAAGCUACAAUGCAUUGGAAUAUGAGGCGCAACAGAUUUUUCUGGAUAUUGCUUGCUUCUACGUCAAUAUGAAUAAGGAAAAACCUACUUACAUGUGGAGUGAUCUAAAGCUCUUUCCAAUAACUAAUAUCAAUGUCCUUGUUCAGAGAUCUAUGAUCAAAAUCGGGGAUGACAAUCAAUUUCAAAUACAUGAUCAACUUAGAGAUAUGGGGAGAGCAAUUGUGCACGAGGAAAAUAUCGAAGAACCCUGGAUGAGAAGUAGGAUAUGGGACACUGAAGAAAGUGUGGAUCUAUUACGCAACAAGAAGGGAUCAAAGCAAGUUAAGGCACUCUACGCAGACUUCUCAUUGGAACCUCAGAAACCCCUUGAAGCCGAACAUUUCCUUAAUUUGCCCGAGUUAAGAUAUUUGGAAGCGGAGCGUCUAGACUUUGCGGGAGACUUCAAUAACCUUGUCUCAAAUUUAAGAUGGCUCCGGUUGCAGUCAUGUGUCUGUGAUAGUAGUGAUCAAUUCAACAAUUUCAGGAUGGCCAAUAUGGUUAUUCUUGAUCUUCAAGACUCCAUAUUUGUAGAAGGCGACUUGGGAUGUUGGAGUCAAAUCAAGGUACAUAUACUAUAUAUAUAUAUGGUGAAUACUAUCGUAUCUUGUAUAAAAUCUAAGGUAUGA